UAAGACAUCAUACAGAGUCAACCAUGCUGUCUCUUAUGGUUAUUUUCAUCCUGCUUAAAGGGGUUUGCCUUUCGGAUAUAGUGACAAAGGGGGAUACGAAUGUUGUGUUUGGUAAAGAUGCCUCGCUCUCUUGCGCGCUCUCGAACCCAUCCGGAGUCAAGCAAGUGACCUGGCAGAGGGUGCACGGCGAAGAGCGCGCGGAGACCCUGGCAACAUUCAGCGAGGUUUACAAGAAACGUGUGGAAGAUCCAUAUGUCGGAAAAGUCUUUUUCACGAUGGCGUCGUUUAAUUCAACGUCUAUCGUGAUCAAAAACGUCACAUUUGAGGUCGAGGCUUGCUACAUUUGUUCCUUCCAAGCGUAUCCAGUAGGAGCCAAAUGGGAAACAUUAUGCCUCACUGUUAAAGGUAUAUCGGAAAUAACAGCAUCUAUAAAACCUGCAUCCAGUUCUGAUUCAGAUGUUUCAGUCACGUGUUCAGCCACUGGUAAACCCACACCAAUACUCCAGUGGAAAUCCACAGAGAAACACCUGAACCUCAAUCUCUCUGAAUCAAAUACUUCAAUACAGAUCAACAGUGAUGGUUCAAACACCACCACAAGUGAACUUAAAAUUACAUUGUCACAAUUUCAUGGGAAGUAUGUGGAAUGUGUGGCUGAAAGUGGCAAAACACAGAAAAGUUUCCAAAUCAGCUUGCCUAGAAAAGAUGAUAAAGGGAAUGUCACAUUAAGAAAUUACACCAUUACGAUUUCGCUUCUGAUUAUCAUGGGUAUUGUAAUUAUCUUUCUUUACAUCAGGUUCAGAGAUGAAGGGGUUAAACAUUCUACUUGUAUAGCAUGAACAACAUUUCGGAUGGACUGUAUAGCUGCCACUUUAUUUAAAAUCUACAAGUCUAGAUCCUAAUAUUGUUUUCUAUGAAAAUCACUCUUUAUGUUUACCCCACGAGCACACCAUAGAGAACACUAUGGAUGAGGAAGCCGCCGCUCUCCCGAAAAACAUUGCUGUGAGCCUGAAGUUUGCAAAAGAGCACCCUGGCAAACCCUAGUGCUACUGGGAUAUAUUUUAUGGACUGAUGAAAAGUUGAAUUCUUUACUAUGGCGUCAAAAUGGCACAGCUUGCCAACAUCAAAACAUCAUCCAAACAGUGAAGUAUUGUGGAGGGAACUUAAUGAUUUGCUGCCUCAGGGACUUGACCACUUGCCACCAUCAGAUGGUAAAUUAAUUCCCAAGUGUAACAAAGUAUCCUACAGGAUAAUUUCAGGGUGGUUGUCUGCCAGUUGAAGCUCAUUAAAAGUUGGUUCAUGUAGCAGGACAAUGACCAUCAAAGUAAAUCCACCACAGACUGGCUUAAGAAAAAACAAAAUGCACUAUUUGGAGUUGCCUACUCAGUCAACACAGGAGAUCACGCGAUGAUAACAGUGACGUCACACCAUUCUCAUACCGUCAUAAUCACAGUGUGAGCUAUAUGUGAGCUCUUUGUGAAUUCAAAAUGUUGAGUUCAUGGUAUGAGUGCACAGUGAGUGUGGCGUGACCUCACAUUGUGACCAUGAUAUGAGAGCACAGUGAGUGUGGCAUGACCUCAUACCGUGAAGAACAUAGAUGGCAUCAUCCCAGUUAACACGUUAUAUCACACCAUGAUCAUAGUGACGUCACACCAUUCUCAUACAUGAUAAUCACAGUGUAGUUAUGUGAGCUCACUGUGAUUUCAAAAUGGUAUGUGUGCACAAUGAGUGUGCCAUGACCUUACAUUGUGACCAUGAUAUGAGAGCACAAGUGAGUGUAUCAUGACAUCAUAUCGUGAAGAACAUAGAUGGCAUCAUCCCAGUUAACACGUUAGAUCACACCAUGAUCAUAGUGACGUCACACCAUUCUCAUACCAUAAUCAUCACAGUGUGAGUUAUGUGAGCUCACUGUGAUGUCAAAAUGGUAUGAGUGCACAAUGAGUGUGCCAUGACCUCACAUUGUGACCAUGA